UAAAUAACAUAAUAUAUAUUCUUAUUAUAUAUUAGAAAAAUACUACAAAAAAUUAAGGAAGACAAUCUCGUGCAAUAAUGAGUGCUCCUGAGGCGCCUUUGGAACCCGUUUCCAAGGCUUCUCAAGAGAAUGGCAGUAAAAUACACUUUACCAAGGAGGUGAAGCAAGUCAUUGAUAAGGUUUUAAAGUCCGAUGAUCCUAUGGAUGCACCUGAUUUCAAUUGCGUUGACUAUAUAAAUCAAUUAUUUCCCAAUGAGCAAUCCCUAGCCACUAUAGAUGAGACCAUUCAAAGAAUGCAAUGUGAAGUCUCACUCAUUGAUGACAACAUACGUUCGGUGGUACGUGGUCAGACCAAUACCGGACAAGAUGGCCAGAUGGCCUUAUAUGAGGCACAAAAAGUUAUUUCAACUCUUUAUGAUCACAUCAUUGAUGUGAAAACAAGAGCUGAGAAAACCGAAGAAAUGGUCAAAGAAAUCACACGAGACAUCAAACAAUUGGAUUGUGCCAAACGUAAUCUGACCUCGGCCAUUACUACUUUGAAUCAUUUGCAUAUGCUAGUAGGUGGUAUCGAAAGUUUGGAAAAGUUAAUUGAAAAACGAUUAUAUGGGGAGAUUCUAAACCCCUUGCAAGCCAUAACCGAAGUCAACCAACACUUUCAACAAUAUUCAGAUAUUGAAGAAAUUAAGAAUCUAUCGCAAAGUGUCGACCGUAUACAGGUCACGCUGGCCCAACAAAUAACAGAAGAUUUCAAAGAGGCCUUUUUAGCCAAACCGAAUGCGGGACAUCAGCGUUUGGGUUUGAAUCAAUUGGCAGAUGCAUGCAAAGUGGUAUCAGUUUUAGAUCCCAAAGUUAAAAAGGAGCUACUGAAGUGGUUCAUAGCGCAGCAAUUAGAGGAAUAUCUGCAUCUCUUCCAUGAAAAUCAAGACAUAGCAUGGCUAGAUAAAAUUGAUAAACGCUAUGCUUGGCUAAAACGACAUUUACUUGACUUCGAAGACAAAUUUGGAGCCGUUUUUCCUUUGGACUGGGAAGUAUCCGAACGCAUAACUGUAGAAUUUUGUCGCCUGACACGCGAACAGUUGUCUCAAAUCAUGGCCAAGAGGACAAAUGAAAUUGAUGUAAGGCUCUUGUUAUUCGCCAUCAAUAAGACACAGGCCUUUGAACAAUUGCUAUCGAAGAGAUUUACUGGUGUCACUUUGGGUCAUAGUAAUAACACCGCAGAUAAGCUUACCACACCAGCAUUAGCGGAGUCAUCACAAGGUGAUGGCAGUGGGGUCAUAAAUCCGGCUUUGGUGGUGUUUCAUGAUCAAAUAGGAAGUUGUUUCAAGGCUCAUCUGGAUAUCUACAUCAAGAGUAUAGAUCGAAAUUUGACCGAACUUAUAGAGAAAUUUGUGGAACAAGCUAAGGAACCUCUUAAAGUUGCCGAGGCCAAAACUACAGUGUAUCCUAGCUCUGCAGAUCUUUUUGUUUUCUACAAAAAAUGCAUGGUGCAAUGUAAUCAACUUAGUAAUGAACAGCCCAUGUAUGAAUUGGCAAUGGUUUUCAAGAAAUAUUUACGAGAAUAUGCCAGCAAAGUUUUGGAGUUUAGCAUACCGAAAUUGUUAACUACAUCCACUUCGAUUGGCAAAAGCAUGUCGCUUCUCACACGGGAUAUGCAAAAUCUCUCAACGGCUGCUGGACAAGUGAUACAUAACUUCUUGAAAGAGGGUGAUGCCCAACGCUUCUCCAGAGAUGAUCUAAUACGCAUAUGUUGUGUAUUGACCACAGCUGAAUAUUGCCUGGAAACGGUACAACAAUUGGAAGAGAAACUUAAGGAAAAAGUUGCUCCCGCAUAUGUCAACAAAGUGGAUAUGUCAGAGGAGAAAGAUGUCUUCCAUCGGAUUAUUUCAAGUUGCAUACAAUUAUUAGUACAAGAUCUGGAAGCAGGCUGUGAGCCCAGUUUACAGGCCAUGGCUAAGGUUCAAUGGCAAAACAUAAACAAUGUGGGUGAUCAAAGUCCCUUUAUAUCGAGCAUGUGUGCCAAUUUUAAGCAAACUGUACCCAUACUUCGUGAUAACUUGGCCACUUCGCGUAAAUAUUUCACCCAGUUCUGUCACAAAUUUGUCAAUGUUUUCAUACCGAAAUUCAUCAAUGUUUUAUACAAAUGCAAGUUGACUUUAUCCGAUGGCUCGAAUAAUGUCUUGGGCUGUGAACAAUUGCUGCUUGAUACCCACAGUCUGAAGACCGCUCUUCUUGAUUUGCCAUCCAUUGGUUCAAGUGUGAAUCGCAAGGCUCCCACAUCCUUUACCAAGGUGGUGGUCAAAGACAUGACACGUGCUGAAAUGAUUAUAAAAGUGGUCAUGACACCGGUACAACCACCAGCUCAUUUCACGCAACAGGUGCUAAAACUAUUACCCGACAUAACAAUAGCGGAAUAUCAAAAGAUUUUAGAUAUGAAAGCUGUUAAACGUGUCGAUCAAUUGCAGUUGAUAGACAUAUUUAAACGAACUGCCUCCACAGCGGCGUUUGCUUCGGAAAGUACUGAAACAACGGAGAUAAACUUGGAUUCGAAUGCGGCAGCUGGUGGUGAAUUGAAUACGGAUAGUAAUUUAAUAGCUGAUGCAACCUCUACAGAAAAUGUGACGCAAGUUGCUGUCUCUGCACCAUCUUCUUCCGCCAUAGGCUCUACUUCAACACCUAAACGUGCCUUCAUAUUUAGUGUUGGCAGUUUUACCGGUGGUGGCAGUAGUGCCGAUAAAUCCGCAGAUGGUUCAACCCCAGCGGGAGGAGAUAGAGGUCGCAUACGAAAAUUGGAAAAUCUUUUAAAGAAGAGAUUGCCAUAGAGUUUUGCAUGAUUAUUUCAUCGAUUCGGAAAAAGUGUUCCCUUAUUAAUAUGUGCCCUUUUUUAAAACAUUCCAUUAUAAUUAUUAUUAUUGAUUUGUAUUAUAAUAUCUUAAUUAAGUUAUACAAUUUUAAAAUUUUAUUUCAAUUGUGCAAUGCGAAUAAAAAUAUUUAUUUAUCGAUUGUGA